AUGCCAUCCCCACCGCCACCACCUCAACCUGUCCCUGCUAGACCGCAAACUCGGUCAUCCAAUCAAAACCUCGGUCCACCUCAACAACAACCCAUCGCUUCGGUCAAGAUGGGAUCAUCACCAUUAUCAUCCUCCUCCUAUGCGCCGAUGACUGGUAUCAGCUUUACAAAUGGUGGAGGUUUCUCCUUCGACAAGAGGAGGGAUAACGCCAGUGGUGGGGGGGGAAGUAUCAACAAAUGGGCCACAGGAGGAGCCGCGCCCGGAAGUUACGGAGCGAGGUUCUAUGGUGAUGCACUCACCACACCUCUUCCUUCACCCUUCUCCACAUCCAUCACCAUGGGUGAAUCCUCAUCUUUUUUCGCCACUUCAUCCAACGCUUUCCAUCUACCUCAUCCUUCCCUCUCAUCUUCCUAUCAACGCCGAUCGUACGCCGCCGCCGCUAGAGGUGCAGGCUCAUCCAACGCUGGCAACCUCUCUUCAUCCUUCGCCUCCAUGUCCUUUCAACCCAUGUCUCUGGGCAACUCGUACUCUAAAUCGCACGUCCACUCGUUGAUGGCCUCUCAACGGACAGAUGCAGAAUUGACAAAGGCGUACGAGUGCUGUGGACAGGUUCACGAAGGACUACAUCAGUUGCUGGAGCACGUCGAGGACGCCCAUCCAUUCGCAGAUGCCGACAACAUUGGUCUCAAUAUGGGCCUCAAUAUCGCUCACGUCGGCCAUUCCGGCUUCUCACCCAUCACUCACGCCAUGGAUCUCGAUCUCGAGGGUGUAGACUCGGGCAUCAAAUCAUUGGACGACAGGGAUACAGCAUCCGCUUCUGGAUCCACAUCCAGUCUAUCCCCAAAUCCCGUUCCCAAUUAUCCUCUCCCACCCACAGCCUCGAAGCCUUCCACACCGCCCGCUCUCAUGUCACCGGAUCCGAUCGCGCCAUUGACCAUUUCAGAUGUCCUGAAAUCACCACCCGAUGGGGAGGUGGCCAUCACCACUGCCGCCUUGACAGCUUCCACCUCAUCUUCUCCUCCCGACGCUCUGCAAACACCCUCAACAUCUGCACACCCAUCUCCAGUCUUCGCUCAACCAAAAAUAAACCCCGCUCGUCCAGGCUUCCUAGGGUCCACAUCCACCGCUCCCCGACCAGCCGCACAACAGAGACGUUUCGACAGGGCUUUCAACGAAGUCGUAGCUGGCACAUCACCCAACACUCAAGCUAAACCUGCUCCCAUCGCCGUUGCGCCAAAUGUCCUCUUUAGCUCAACCAUCAAUGGGUUCGGUAACAUCUCAGCCACUCUUCAGAAUGCUCAAAAGACAGAUGCCAAGACGGAGGUGCCCAAGUCGGAUGAUGGACCGGGCUCAGAAGUCACCGCUCAACCUGUCGUCAACGGAGGUCCGCCGCCACCCGGCAUGGGCGCUGAACCUCCUCUUCCCGCUCCGAGCUUGUUCAGCAUGCACAAGCCAUGGCGAUGUCCGAAUCCUGGAUGCAACAAGGCGUACAGGCAGAGUAAUGGGUUGCGGUAUCAUCAGCAGAAAGGUCAAUGCGACUUUGCACAGCAGGAUGCGGGAGAUCUCGGUCUGUCUCUUGAGGAGGCCGAAGAGCGAUCCAGACCAUUCGUAUGUGCCGUCGGAGCGGGAUGCAAGAAGAGGUACAGGCAAAUGAACGGAUUGAAGUACCACUAUCUCAAUUCUGGCGAGCAUGGACAAUACGGGUUGAGAAUGCUUCAAAACGGUACCCACCCUCAGCCUCAAGCCGUACCAUCGGCUAAGAAAUUGACACCCAACAACACUGGCAAUGGCACACCGACGGCUAGUCAGACUGAUCUCAAGGCCACACCAGGGACCAAGACCUCCACAUCGACUCUCACACCGACACCUCGUGCGGCUCCAUACGCCGUCCCGAACAAGGCUGUUCCACCGAUCAGUCCGAGUCCCAUGCGCACCGUCAACGCAGGUCCAGGAGCCGUACCCAAGAUGGGCAUCUUCCCGACCAAACCCGCCAUUCCAAGUGCUUUAGCCCUCAGUGGCAAAGCGUCUCUUGCGACUCCCGCCAAGGAUAUACCCAAUGCCAAGGCGCAGUUACCAUCCCAGAGAGGCAAAGAUGCCGUCUUGUUCUCCGCCGUUGGCACCGAUCCAAUGGGCGUGAACCCGAGUCUGGAACUGUAA